AUCGUUACAGUCCUGGUUAUGGCAUGCCGGCUGGCCGCUGGCCACAUCCAAUGGAGCGCUGGUGCUGCAGCUGAGCGACUCUGAGAUUGCACACGCACUCCAACCGGACGAACUCUAUCUGUGUGUCAAAUUGGAAUCUGACGCAGAGGCCACACCGCAGCUUUAUGUCGUUUGGCGCUCGUCACAGCAGCACGAGGGGAGUCAGAGUCAGAAUCAGUUUCAGACUCAUUGCAUUGAUAUAGAUUACAAUAAUCCGCGGCAACAGCCAUUGAGUGUGCUCCAACUGGAGAUGUCUAUGGCAGCAAUGGCAACAACGGUGCAGGGGCAAGGUAACGAUGCCAUCGAGCUGCCGCAGUUGUUGCAGAAUCUGCUAGUGAGCGUGGAGCGAAGCAUUGAGCGCGUGUCGCUAAACGAGCUGCAGAUGCCACUCGCCCUCGGCGAGGAUCAGCUCGAUGAGGCCAACAACAACAGUAAUAAUAACAACAACAGCAACAGUAACAGCAACAGCAACAACAUUGGGUCGCCAAAGUGCGCGUUGAGGCGCAGCGAUUUAAUUACCAAAAACAAACUGUUCAACAACCGUUACAUGCUGAGGCGCCUGACCAAUCGACAGGACAGCAUGAACUCCACCUCGUCGGGCAACAGCAAUGCCAGCGAGCGCAGCAGCUCCAGUGGCAGCAGCAGUGCCGGCGAGGAGUUGCACAGCCACAGCAACAACCACACUGUAAACAACAACAUGAACAACAAUAACAACAAUGGAGGCAACGAUUUGUUGCCCUCCACUUCGCCUUCUUUGCCUCUGUUUUGUCUGGGCAACUCAUUUCCGCACAUUGACAGCGAUGAGGAGGCAACGGAUGUUGGCGAGAAGCGUCAAUCUCUGGCCAACAACGAGUCGGAGCUGGAACUGGAGACAGAGACGGCGACAGUGGCAGAGAGGGAGACGGAACUGUUGCCGCCCAACUCGAUCAGUGAAUUGCCCGAGAAACUAUUGAACAGCGGCGUCUAUUUGCCAGGCACACGCACCCUCCAAGGCGACCCACUUGUGAAUGUGGACGCAGAUGCUGUGGCAAGCGCGGGACUCAACUGCUAUGAGCUGGCCACUCUGUUGCUCUACUACAGCACCAUACCGGAGUGCAGCAUUGGCCAUAAAAGUACACAGCAGCAGCAGCAACAACAACAACAACAACAACUGAAACCCGCCCAGCAAACAUUUACCAUUUUAAUUGCCAUCGAGAAGUCGCAACAUUUAUGCGUAAUCGACUUAAUUUGCCAAAGUCUCAAACUGUUAAGCAAGCAAAUUGGCAAUUGUGAAAUUUUGGCCGUUUGUCUCGAUGCGAAUUUGCUGCAAUUGUGCAACCAGCAGCAGCAGCAACAACAACAACAACAACAACAGCAGCAACAGAACCACAACAGCAAUAGCUGUGAUCAGCCGGAGCAUUCGCACUCGCAGUUGCUGUUGCAGUUGCAGUUGCAGUUGGCAUCGCCAUCGCAUUUGGUUAAAUUCAUUAGCGUGGACCAAGUCACGACAAGUGUUGCGCCAUCACAACUGCCGAGCGGUUUGCUCCGGGGCCAGCAUCAUCACGACGCUCUCAAGUGGCGCGAAUUCUUUGGCCAACUCGAGGCGUUUCAGCGUCAAUGUGCCGCUGCCGGCGGUCGACUUGUUGCUGCCUUGAGUGACAUACGCGCUGCCGAUUUGUUGGGGUUGCCAACGCGACGACAACUCUACGGUCAGCAUCGUGCCCUCAGUCGUGCCCUUAUGGACUCGCAGCUGCACAAUUUGCGCAAGCGUGGCGCCACACAGCUGUUGCGCCUCCAGGAGGCAGCCAGUGCCAUCAAUUCCCCUCCAGCAACAGCUCCAGCUCCAGCUACAGCUACAGCUUCCCCCUCCACAACCCACACUUCAGCUGCCGCUGCUCCAACUGCAGUUGUUUGCAAUUCGGAUGCAGCCAAUAAGCUGAGGAAGGUGACGCUACUCUACAACGAGGUGGAUCGUGCCGCACAGCGACUCGAGCAGUUGACGGAGCAGCGACGCGAGCGACUGCGACAACUGACGCGUCAGCGUGCCCUGGAGGAUGAGAUCAAUGAGGUCACCUCUUGGCUGGCCAGUGACGGAGCAGAAAAUUUGCUAAAGUUCGCACAGCUUCAGUUGGACAACGAGGCGACAUUGAAGGCACAGGAAUUGGAGUUUGAGAAAUACUAUUUCAUUGCCAGAAAACAUUUGGCCAAGGGCAGAGAUCUACACUUGGCAGCCAAUAAGAUCAGCGUGCUCAGCGAGAGUGCUGGCAAUCUGAAGACAGCAUUGGAUCAGUUCUCGGAAAAGCUGGAGAAGACACGGGAACGCAUUGAGGGAGGCGCCAGAUUGUUGCACCUCCUGACGCAGCAUCAGCGUGAGACGGCCGCACUGGAGGAGCUGCAACGUCUGGCCGAUGAACUGGGCGCCACAUCGCUAAUAGAAAAGCACUUGCCGGCCGUCAUGAGGAAGAGUUCUCUGCCGGCAGCGAGUAGCACGCCGGGACAGACGGCAGCCAAAAGGGGCAGCUAUCGUUGCAGCUCCGGCAAUGGCAGCUCCUUUGAUGGUGCCCCAAGUGGCAGUCACUGCAGCUGCUGGCGGGAGAGUCGCAAUCUCGAGGAUAUGGAUGAACCGGAGGAGGAGCACGACAACGACAACGACUGCGAUGCCGACGGUGAUGGCGAGGAGCAGCAAUCCAAGAUUGCCGACUCAGGCGUCGGUGUCUGUGACAAUUGCGAACGCAAUCCGAAACUGGCGCGCAUUUGCUCCUGUCAGAGUCUCAACGAGAAGAGUCACGAUGAGCUGCUCGAGGAUGAGUGCUUUGAGCGUCCCACAAAGCGAUACAUGGACAUGCGCUCGCCCAUGGAGGCGAAUGCUCAUCUGCAGUGCCAUGCCUCCAGUUUUGAGCUGACCACGCUGGAGGAGCUCAGCUGUUUGGAACCAAAAAUACAAAAAACGCUUCUAUUGAUCAUGCGCGAAAUGAUUGGUACCGAACGCGACUAUGUCCGCUCCUUGUACUACGUCAUUGAGAACUACAUAGAUGAGCUGCUGCGGGAGGAUAUUCCUCAGCCAUUGCGUGGCCAAAGGAAUGUGAUCUUUGGCAACAUUGAGAAGAUCUUUGAAUUCCACAAUUCACAUUUUCUGGGCGAACUGGAGCGUUAUGAGCGUAAUCCUCUCAAGGUGGGCGCUGCCUUCCUGGAAAUGGAGUCCAAGUUCUACUUGUAUGCACUGUACAACAAGAACAAGCCCAAGAGCGACACGUUGUUGAGUGAAUAUGGCACCUCGUUCUUCAAGCCAAAGCAGAUCCAGCUACAGGAUAAGAUGGAUCUGGCCUCGUACCUACUGAAGCCGGUACAGCGGAUGGGCAAGUAUGCGCUGCUCCUGCAGCAGCUGGUGAAGGCGGUGAAGAGUGUGGAGGGGGCUGCGUUGCAGGAGAUUGCCGCCGAUGUGGAGGAACUGCAGCGUGCCGAGGAGAUGGUCAAAUUCCAGCUGCGUCAUGGCAACGAUCUGUUGGCCAUGGAUUCGCUGCGGGACUGCGAUGUCAAUGUCAAGGAACAGGGUCGUCUAUUGCGCCAGAACGAGUUUCUCGUGUGGCAAGGACGCGGUGGCAAGAAGACACUGCGUCAGGUGUUUCUAUUCGAGGAGCUGGUGCUGUUCAGCAAAGCACGCCGUUUUCCAGAUCACAAGAAUCUGGACAUUUACAUCUAUAAGAACAGCAUCAAGACCUCGGACAUUGGACUCACAGCACACACGGGUGAUUCGACGACCAAAUUUGAGAUUUGGUUUAGAAAGCGAAAGCCAGACGACACUUGGAUGCUGCAGUGCAUGUCGGAGGACAUCAAGAACGCCUGGACCGAGGAGAUAUCCAAACUGCUCUGGAAACAGGCGAAGCGAAAUCGAGAAAUUCGCCUGGCGGAGAUGUCCUCGAUGGGCAUUGGCAGCAAACCCUGCCUGGACAUACGUCCCAGCAACAAUCAGAUCAGCGAUCGUUCCAUACCAUUAGCACAGCUAAACAAAACUCCCAAGCUGCGUCAUGCGGAGCCUGGCAAGGGCAGCAUGCGACGCCCCAAUUCUCUAAUCUCGGAGAGCUCUCUGUCCAGUGGUACGAGCACCACGAGCAGCUCCUCCAUCAGCGGUGGCUGCUCAUCGGGACACACGGGACACGACAACACACGCCACAGUUUGAAUCUCAACUUUAACAAACUCUCGAGCAACAACAGCAACCACAACAACAACAACAACAACAACACUGCCACCUUGGAGUUGAUUAAUGAAACACAGGCGCUGAAGCUGAGCAACAGCAGCGAAGCAGAGAGUUCGUCUAGAAUCAACAACAACAACACAACCACUUCCUCUUCCACAUACGCCGGCAGCAGCUCCAGCAGGAGCAACAACAACAACAGCAACAACAACAAGCGUCAUCACAAACGAUCCACAACAAUUGUCAGCCAGCUGUCCAUGGAAAGCGGCAUACUAUCCGAUAUAUCUGUAACGCCGGAACAGGAACAUUCCCAUGCAGCGGAGCAGCUGAUGGGCAACAGGAUCAGCUGGUCAACAUCUGGAGCAGCUGCAUCGAUGGCGGGCAGCAGCAACUCGUCGGUGAUCCUCCGUCGUUACAAAUCCUACGCCCAUGCUGCCGAGUCCGCAGACCCGGAAAGCAAUAAAUGAAUUUUUAGUUAGCAAAGAUGCGCGAAUACUUAUUUCGAAAUAAAAAAACAAACACAAAAAAAUAAAACAAAAACAUGUAUAGCUUUAGCAAAACGGUUUCAUCAGAUUUAGAUUCAGAUUAUCAUAUUAUACAUUAUGUAUACUUAUUAUUAUCAUUAAUAUUAUUAUUUUUGUUAUUUAUUAUUUAUUUCAUUUUAGUUCUGUUAAUUUGUCAUAAACAAUUUCAUACUAUUGUAUUAUUUGCCCUGGAUGCAUCUUUUCAUCCAAUCAUCAUCCUCUCCCUGUUUUAGAAAAUUUGAAAUAAUUGAAUUCAAUGUGUCAAUGUCGAAAUAUAUUUCAUAGAUCUUAAUCAACCUUAAUCUACUCGAACAACCCACUCACACACACACACGAAUCGAGGGGCACACACCAUGUGCCAGCCGAAAUGGGCGUUGCAUCGCCCAAAAAAAGAAAAAUAAAUAAAUAAAACAAGAAACGAAAACGAAAUUCAUAACGUACAGUUAGUUAAUAAUAUGUAAAUUAAGUGCCUAUCUUUAGAUAAUCGUAAAAAUAUACAUAAAUAAUUGCAUAUCUUUAAAAUAUGAAUAAUGUAUACAAUUAAGCAAAGAAUUGAAUAAAUGUUGCUUCAAAA